AUUCCCCGUUUCUAUUUUUAGACAGCCCAGUGAACUAUUUUUAAAUUGUGUAUUUUCCUAGAAUACUUUUGGACGCUAUAUAAGUCGGUGUUGUGAAUAUACUGUUGGUCAUUUGGAUGUGGAUCUAUUAGAAUAAAAACAAAUAUGGAACAUCAUAGAUAUUGUAGCGAAAAAUCAGGGGAUAUGAAAUACAACUCCCCUGAUCAAAAGUUAUUUCUAGAAAAAUUCUUAAAAGGCGUUGACAUCAAAUUUGAUUUGAUGUGUUUUAGUUGCUGCUUAGCCUUUUUGCAAAGAGAUCGGGGUUACAUUUGCGAACAAAAAGAGUUUGAAAAUGUUUCUUACCAGGGGAUAAAUAAGGAAAAUAUAACUGAAGCUGAACUAAAGAUGCCAUCUAAACCAGCAAAAAAUCCACAGAUUCAAAUUGAGCCUUUGGAAGAAGACAAGAUUGGUCUAAAGAAAGGAGCCCGAUCUGUCGAAAAUGGUAGAACCUACCAGGCGUAUCACAAUAGUAUAGGAGCUAUGGGCGUAAUUCAAAGUGGAUUUUCACGCUUGGAGAGUAUCGAUAUACGCAAAGCAACUUCCAAUGAAGUUGUAAAUUUAAGGCUGUCCUACGAGGAUGCUACCCUAGUUGAAAUUCACAGAAGGCUAAACAGCAUCGAUUCACUCAGUGGAGGAAUUAUAAAAGGUUAUUUGGGAAUCAAAAAAUACACAAGCAGACCAUUAGGUAAAGGAGACAUUAGACACUAUUUCCGGCCAAAACAAGAACCAGGACAGGAAGGAUUGAACGAGCAAUAAAAGAGAGAACCAAUAUAUCAGAUACGAAAAUGAAUGGACAUGGAGGUAAACAAGGACGCCUCAAAGCGGAGUUUUUCCUCGCAAGAGAGCACAAAACUGUUACGAACAAAGCCAGCAAAUGACGUCACUAGGCGUCUCCAUACAAGAUUUUAUUAGUCCAGUUUGGGCCCCCAGAGGAGCAAAAGAGAUUGAAAACAUGAAACAAAAAAAAGAAAAGGAUCCAAAUGAUAGAAAAAACUUGAUCAUACAUAUAAUGAGAGCAUUGCGUUAUAUCUAUAUAGUCAUUAAAAAUCUAUCUACAAGAGAUAUACUGAAUUUACAUAAUGUGUAUGUUAUAAUAAUACAUGUCGAUAUUAGUCAUAUAACUGGAAGACAUACAUAUGUAUACAUAUGCAUAUCAAGGAACAAAAAUAAUUUAAUUUUUUAUUAGUUGAGCUAGGUUGUCAAGGUAUCUAGCAAGUGAUCUUAGAAUGUCACUAUGUCAGGGUCUACAAGUACGCUAAAAUGAGGACAUACAAGGAGAAAAUGAAUUUCCUGAAUCUCAUUAUCAGCACAAAGGGAACAGAUUCGUUCAUCUGUAGGUAUUUUUUGAUAUCGUGCAAUUUCAAGCCCGUGACUCGCCUGCUUUGCGCAGUCGUUAGAGCGUCUGCUCUAGAGUCGUGAAGUGACGGUCAGUCGAUCCUUACGUUGCGGGUUCGAAUCCCACUUUGUGACGUAGAGACCGUAUAAACCCAGAUCCUGUCUCGCAGUAGGUGUUGACACGGAAAAGACCCCUCCCUGCUCAAUGGUCCUGAGUGCCGAGCAAGGUCAAAGUUGGUAGCUCUCCAACAGCAAGUGUUGGCGUCUCCAUAUGAGUGAAAAAUUCUCGAUAGGGACUUUAAACAACAUACAAUCAAUCAAUCUAAGCCCAUGAGCUGAUAUUCUUAAUCUUGUUAGAACCAUAAUUUAAGUGUAGAAUUCUCUUGGGAGGAACACAUUACUUUCAUUAUGCAUACCAACUCGCUCAUUAACGAAUUAUCCUCUCACCAUGCCAACUUUUACAUUUAUAUUGUAAAGAAUCUGUAUGUUUAAUUUAUUUGUAUUUAUGUUGGCUGAAUAAAAACGAAUUGAUAAAGUACUGACUCUAUGCUAUGUUGUUUAUUUGUAUAAAUAUAUCGGCAACUUGUUGUGCCCAUGUCAAUAAAUAUAAUACACAAAUGACCAAUUCAAUUCUCUUU